GAGAUCUGCUCUUCACCUCGCUUAUUUUCCGACAAUCAACAUGAAUGGCAGGUCAAGCAAGGCAUGCUGGGAGAUUGCUGGUUUCUCUGUGCUUGUGCCGCUUUGCAGAAAAACAAAUAUUUGCUCACCAAGGUGAUCCCUCCAGGCCAGCCCAGUUGGAAGGAUGAGAAAUACCGAGGCUGCUUCACCUGUCGUAUCUGGCAGUUCGGCCACUGGGUGGAGGUGACCAUCGAUGAUCGGCUGCCCUGCCUGGGGGGCAAGCUCUGUUUCUCCCAGUGCCAGACGGAGGACGUCUUUUGGCUCCCCCUGCUGGAGAAAGCUUAUGCCAAGGUUCACAGAUCGUACGAGCAGCUCUGGGCAGGCCAGGUGGCCGAUGCCCUCGUUGACUUGACCGGAGGCCUUGCGGAACGCUGGUCAUUGAAAGACCUGAGUCAAAAUCCUGAACGAGAGCGGGCCGGCAAAGUCUUGGAGAAAACGGUGUUCAGACGAUUGAUGAACCUGAAGGAGAAAUGUGUCAUGAGCUGCUCUGUCUUCAGUUCACGGCAAGGGACCAGCCAACUGGGAGAGUUCCACGCCUUCAUUGUGGUUGACAUGCAGGAUCUUUCCAAGGUGUCCAGGAAAGAGACAAUCCUGCUGCGGAUCCGGAAUCCCUGGGGGAGGCGCUGUUGGAAAGGCCCCUGGAGGGAAGGAUUGAGAAGAAACAGUUCAACCUCCCCAAGACGCUCUCUGCGCCCCCCGUAGCGAGCACCGCUUGUCAUUCCUUCAACCGAGAGGUGCAUCUCCAUUGCGAGCUUUCUCCUGGGUACUACCUGGUCGUUCCCAGCACUUUCCUGAAUAAUACGGAAGGGAAUUUCCUGCUCCGGGUUUUCUCCAGUGGAAGAAUUUCUCUCAG